UGGACCAAUAGCACAGCUUCACAGUUCUCAGCAUCACAAACCAAAGGAGACAUCCAGCAUCCCCAGACCUCUGGAGCGCCUACAGAGACCUCCGACAAGACGCGAAGAUUGUUUUGUUUGAUUAAAAGCUUAUUAAUUUUUGGAAUUUAGGCGUCCUGACAAUCUUGAAAUUAAAUCUUUUACUUGGUGUGGCCGAUUCUGCAUCUCCUUGAUGCGCAGUUUAUCAAGGAUAAACCCAGACAGCUAUUACUGCGGCUCUUGUUUUGCCAAAGCAUCGUGGAGGAGAGCAGAUUCCUGCUUUGCAGUGACAGAGUCCUCAUCCAUCUCGACAUCAUUCUUCUUUAAAUAGAACACCAACCUAAAUUUGGAUGUCUUACAGAUUUAACUAGUCUCAGGAAGCAGUGGGGCUCCAGUUUGGCACUUUCUUUAGCUGACCCCUAACCUUGAGAUUCAAAUAACCCGAGCCCGGAAUCAUGGGAACCGUGCUAUCGCUUUCACCCAGCUACCGGAAGGCUGCCCUGUUCGAGGAUGGCCCGUCCACCGUGGGCCACUACACAGCGGUUCAGAACAGCAAGAACGCCAAAGACAAGAACCUAAAACGGCACCCGUUCAUCAACGUACUUCCGUGGAAACGAAUAGUAGCCGUCUCAGCCAAGAAAAAGGGGUCUAAGAAAGUGCAGCCAAACACCAACUACCAGAACAAUGUUUCUCACCUCAACAAUGAGAACCUCAAAAAGUCACAGUCUUGUGCAAAUCUCUCGUCCUUUACGCAGGACCAGUCGAGUCCAUCAAACCAAGGCUCCAAAAACUCCAAUAACACAGCUUCCUCUGUCAAGAAGGCGCCUCUUUCCAACUCCAAUAUUGUUCCUGGGACACCCAAGAGGGUGAUUGUCCAAGCCUCCACCAGCGAGCUACUCCGCUGCCUGGGGGAGUUCCUCUGCCGGAGGUGCUAUCGGCUCAAGCACCUUUCUCCCACCGACCCCGUGCUGUGGCUCCGCAGCGUGGACCGUUCUCUGCUGCUGCAGGGCUGGCAGGACCAGGGCUUCAUCACCCCCGCCAACGUGGUUUUCGUCUACAUGCUCUGCCGCGACGUGGUCUCCUCUGAGGUGGCCACGGAGCACGAGCUGCAGGCCGUGCUGCUGACCUGCCUCUACCUGUCUUACUCUUACAUGGGCAAUGAGAUCUCAUACCCUCUCAAGCCAUUCCUGGUGGAAACCUCCAAGGAGACAUUCUGGGACCGCUGUCUGUCCAUCAUCAACUUGAUGAGCGCCAAGAUGCUGCAGAUCAACUCGGAUCCUCACUAUUUCACCCAGGUCUUUGCAGACCUCAAAAACGAAAGCCAGAAGGAGGAGGAAAGGAGUCGUCUGCUCAUCGGUCUGGACCGGUGAGGAGGCUAUGGAGAUGUCUUUGGUGGAACUCUUGUCUGGCAUUUUGAAAGAAAAAAAAA